AUGGCUGGUGAAGAUGAAGAUGUGAUUUUAACUGUGACGUCGAGGCUUCAUCGUCAGUGUCGUCUUUGGUACUGCAUCAGAGAGCGAAAUCCGAUUUACUGUAGUGCACAUCACGCUCAAGUUGCUGCAACUGAGAAUGGUAUUCCACGCGCUCCUAUGUACAAGGGCCACGUCAAAGAUAUCAUCUCAGAUGUCUUUCAGAAAGUUUUUACAGCGAGUUGCAAGUUUGAUUGGUGUUUGACGUGUGUAGAAAACUUUAAUACGGAGAUGGAGGAUGGAGAAAGAAACCUCGCAUGGGCUUUCUUUUACCCAGCUAUGGACAUACCUAUUCAAAAUAAAAGGAAUGGCGGCAGUAAGUGGAAGGUAUCUGGGAAAAUAACUACACUUCCUGAUCAUUUUGAAUCUCGCAAAUGGGUGUGUGCUCCCCAGCCCAACAAUGGAAGAUGGAAGCUGACAAUGUAUUAUCGCACAGGUGAAAAUCCUGUUCCAUGGACACUUUGCUUCAUCCAGUUUCUCUCAACAGCGUAG